UAUUUGCGGUAGUGACAAGACGUGUAUUGUGCGUUGCGUUGUUUUUUUUAAAUUUUUAUAUUAAAUUCAUAUCCAUUUGCAAUUGCAGUGAAUUGAAAACAAUAAUAAACUUUUUUUUAUCAAACUAAAUAAAUAUUGCGUAAAAAUUUUAAAAUUUAACAAAUUAUAAAAAAGAGCCAAAUAUUAAAACAAUUCAAUGAAGCUUUAGACCUAAAAAAAAUUUAGUAGUUGACUAAAGCUUCUAUACAAUAUAUAAAAGCUAGUGAACCAUUAUAUUAUUUGACAAUAACAUUAAAUUAAAAAUAUGUGCACAAGUUUUCUUAUUAUAUUAAAAAGAUUUUAAAAAAGGAUUUUGUAAAGAAAUAAAUUAUUAGACAUCAAUUUGGAAAGAUUAUUAGGAACAGACAAUUUUACGCCUACAGGACAUCGUAAAUUAUAGUGUUUCACUAAGAAAUCUUUUAUACUAAUUUAAACCAACAAAAAUCCAACAAAGAAAACUAAAUAAAAGUGUAAUUUAGUUUUUAUUUUAUUUUUUUUAUCAAAAACUAUACAAAUUCGUUGAAAAAAUGGAAGCUGAAAGUUUUUCAACUAAGGAAAUCCAAGAAGAUUUUGAUCAGGAUAUUAAUGGACAUUCUGAUGUUUCUUCUCCAUCCACGUCCAGUGAUGGAAUUAAAAAACCAUUACCAGUUGAAGGUAAUGAAAGAUUAAAAAAGAAAGCAAAACGUUUCGCCCGACAAAAUAGUCGGGAUGGUUUACCAAAUACGGCUAAUGGACAUGCUGCAGGCCAACAAGGCUUAAAUUAUAUUGCACCACAGAGACGUUGGAAAAACAGUCGACGUUCUCGAAACGGUUAUGGACGAGGUUUACCAAAAAAAGGUGGUGCUGGUGGUAAAGGUGUAUGGGGUUUACCAGGAUCUGAACUUUUAUUAGAAGCUGAUUGUGAAGAUCAAAAUGACCCAAAUUACGAUAGUGAGUGCAAUGAUAAAAAUAUUGAACUACGAGAAGUUAUACCUGAAGUAACCCCUGAAGAAUUUUUCAAACAAACUGAACCUAUUAUAUUGGAAUAUUAUGAACAUGGUGAUACCCAUGAAGUUGCUAUUAGUUUAGAUGAAAUUUUAACUGGGCAAUUAAGACCAUAUGUAACAAGUGUUGCAGUUGAAAUAUCAUUGGAUCAUAAAGAUUCCCAAAGAGAAAUGACGUCAUUAUUAAUUUCAGAUCUUUACGGUCGUGUGAUAACUGGUAAAGAUAUCGUAAAGGGUUUUGAGAUUUUAUUGGAAAAUUUACCAGAUUUAACCUUAGAUACUCCAGAAGCACCAACUAUGUUGGGCAAUUUCUUAGCGCGUGCUGUAGCAGAUGACUGUAUUCCUCCAAAAUUUGUCACGAAACCUGAUGAUAUAGAAAUUUUAAAUGAGCAUGCUCUUAUUGCUAUAAAAAGGGCAGAUACAUUAUUAUCUAUGAAACAAGGUUGGGCACAUUUGGACAACGUAUGGGGAAUGGGUGGUCCUUUGAGACCAGUCAAAUUUAUUACGAGACAAAUGACACUAUUAUUAAAAGAGUACUUAUCAUCACGAGAUAUUCAAGAAGCACAAAGAUGCUUAAGAGCAUUAGAAGUACCGCAUUUUCACCAUGAAUUGGUUUAUGAGACUGUCGUUAUGACUUUGGAAUCUAUAAGUCAUACAACGGAGGAAUCUAUGUGCGAUCUUCUGAAAUCUAUGGAUCAAGUAUGUUUGAUUUCCCCUGAUAUGAUGGAACAAGGAUUUCAGAGAGUAUUUGAUGAUAUGGCUGAUAUAGUUUUGGAUGUUCCUCUUGCUUAUAUUAUAUUGGAUAGAUUUGUUGAACGCUGUUCUAGAGCUGGAUUUUUAUCUGAUAAAGUUAUUAAAAACAUGCCCACUAGGGGACGUAAACGAUUUGUAUCUGAAGGAGAUGGAGGCCAUAUUAAACCACAAACUAUUCCAUUGCAUUAAAAUUACUAACGAUGAUGAUGAUCUCAAAAUGAUAUCGCAAAAAAAUUUCUUCAAUAUAAUUACAUAAUAUUAAUUCUUGAUUGUUGUAAAAACAACUUAAAAAACGGAAAAA